GCUUUCGCGACCGCCGCUACAGUCUAUCCAUACACUGUCUAUCGUGGCACUUUCAUCCAUCUUCCUCGAUUGAACUCGAGUACGGCGACAGCAGAACUCGUGCGAAACCAUGGCGUUAUGUGGGUUUCUUCAAGUGACGGUCGUAUUAAGGGAUUUGAUUGGAAUGUCAAAGAUGAUUCCAGUUUUAAAAAGUUCCUCUCUAGCCACGGAUGGACGACUAGCAAAUCCUCCGGCAAGGCCACUCAAGUGAAGGUCGUGACAUCCGACGACACACGAAACGAAUUCUUCUUCCCUGGAUUCAUUGACACUCAUAUCCACGCCCCGCAAUUUCCCAACAUUGGACUUUUCGGGUCAUCUGGUCUGCUGGACUGGCUGAAUGAAUAUACGUUUCCGAUGGAGGCCAGCUUUGGCUCCAAGUCGGAUCCUAAUAACCAAGACACUGACCCCAAGGACACUCCCCCCGAGGGUUUACGUGUUUAUGACGAAGUUGUCGCCCGUACUCUUGCUCACGGCACUACAUGCGCAUCGUACUUCGCCACUAUUCACGUCCCUGCUACCAACGCUCUUGCUGCACUCUGCCACUCUCAUGGCCAGCGCGCCUUUAUUGGCCGUGUAUGCAUGGAUAACAAAGAACAGUGCCCGUCUUACUACGUUGAUCAGUCUGCCGAUGAGGGCUUCAACGCGACCAAGUCUACUAUCGACUAUAUUCAAACUCUCGACCCCAAGGGAACGUUGAUCAAGCCAAUCAUUACCCCCCGGUUCGCUCCUAGCUGCUCCAAUGCAUCUCUCGACGGCCUGGGUGCACUGGCAGCUUCCUAUAACCCACCUCUUCACAUCCAAACCCAUAUUUCUGAGUCGAUUGAUGAGGUUGAACUUGUCCAUCAGCUGUUCCCAGAGGCUUCCAGCUAUGCCGAUGUGUACGAUAAAGCUCAUUUGCUCACGAACAAAACCAUCCUUGCACACGGAGUGCAUCUGACUAAAGAUGAACGUACCCUGAUUCGCCAACGGGGCUCCAAGGUCGCUCACUGUCCCGCAUCCAACUCGGCUCUAGGAUCUGGCCUUGCUCCUGUUCGCAUCAUGCUCGAUGAAGGCCUCACAGUCGGUCUGGGUACAGAUGUUAGCGGUGGAUAUAGCCCUAAUGUCCUGGAGGUAGCCCGUCAGGCGUGCUUGGUGUCACGCCUGCUGCAGUAUAGCGCUGAGUACCAACAGAUGACCGGUAACAAGCCAUCUGACGGAAGCGAGAAACUUUCUGUCGAGGAUAGCCUUUACCUUGCCACCCGGGGUGGUGCAGCUGUUGUCGAUAUGGCGGAUGACAUUGGUGGCUUCGACAAAGGGAUGAUCUGGGAUGCACAACUGAUCGAGCUGGGUUCCGUGCCAAAUAACACCGUGAGCCCGCUGGAUGCGACCCAUGCCAAUGCUCUCGCCUACCGUGAUGCAGUUGCGUCUGGACCUGUCGGCGAUGUAGAUUUGUUUGGCAAUGAGACCUGGCAGGAGCAGAUCCAGAAAUGGAUGUGGAGCGGUGAUGAUCGCAACGUGAAGAGUGUUUGGGUUCAGGGCAAGCUGGUUCACAGCCGAGACUAG